AUGUAUAAUCAAAACUUUCUUUGUCCAUAUCAACAUUAUUACUCACAUCAAGCUGGAUCAGGAAUCGGUGUCAUAUACAAAGGUGUUCCAUAUCAGCGCGGUCACGGUAUUGGAAGCUUUUUAGGAGGAUUAUUUAGGACGGUCUUGCCAUUGCUAUCUAGUGGAGCUCGUGUUGUUGGCAAAGAGGCCUUAAAUGCAGGUGUCGGUUUAUUAUCUGAUUUGGUUAGUUCUCGUCCAAUGGAGGAAUCUAUAAAAACAAGAUUAAAAGAGGUGGGAACUAAUUUAAAAAGAAAAGCUGAUGCUAAAAUCGAUCGCAUCAACAUGUCUGGCUCUGGCUAUAUAACAAAGAGAAAAAGGCGAUCUGCAGUCAUUUCACCAACAACUUCUAAAGUGAAAGCUUCCAAGCCAUUAAACCAUUCUUGUGAGUGCAUAAAGUCAGAAUUAGAUUUAUUUGCCUUACCUUCAACUCAAACAAGUAUUGAAAGUGGAAUAUGGAUUCAUUAUAAACCAAUUUCAUCUCUUGCCGACGAUGGGCCGAUAGAAUUUCAAGUACCAGGCGCUGGGGACGAUUACAUUGAUUUAUCACAUACGAUGAUACACAUAAAAGCUAAAAUUAUUAACCAGGAUCUAUCCAAAUUGAUAUCAUCAACUAUGGUGGCUCCUGUCAAUAACUGGAUGCAUUCGCUUUUUAAUCAAUUGGAUGUUUAUUUGAAUCAAAAACUUGUCUCACCCCCAAACAAUACAUAUGCGUAUCGCUCCUAUAUAGAAACUUUAUUGAACUAUGGUCCUGCAGCUAAGGAAUCCCAUUUAACAUGCGGCCUUUGGUAUGAAGAUACUUGCGGAAAAAUGAAUUCAACUGAUAAUGAUAACAAGGGUUUUGUUAAGAGACAGGCCUUUGUAUCAGAGAGCAAAGAAGUGGAAAUGAUUGGACAUUUACACGGCGAUUUGUUUAAUCAAGAAAAGUUUUUAAUAAAUGGAGUUGAAAUGUCAAUAAAAUUAGUCAGAUCUAGAGAAACGUUUAAUUUAAUGGCCGCUUCUAAUGAUCUAAAAUUGAAAAUAUGUAUCACAGACGCUUCACUUAUUAUUCGUAGAGCUCGAAUAAAUCCAACAGUUUUACUUGCACACCAAAAAGUCUUGUCAACUACAACGGCUAAAUACCCCAUAACCCGAGCAGAAGUAAAAGUUCUAACAAUACCAGCAGGAGUUCAGGGAAAGAGUCUCGAUAAUAUAUUUCUAGGUCAAGUACCAAAACGAUAUAUAGUAGGUAUAGUUGGUUUUGUAAAUAACACAGCUUUUAACGGCUGUCUCACAAAGAACCCAUUUAAUUUUGAAAACUACGACCUCAGUUCAUUUUGUUUAUACGUGGAUGGCCAGCAAAUACCUUCGAAGGCGUUACAGCCGUCGUUCGAGAACAACAUUUUUACGACGGCUUAUCAUACUCUGUUCUCAGGAACGGGUAUUCAUUUUCUUAACGAAGGGAAUGGUAUAUCUAGAGAUCAAUAUUCUAAAGGUUACUGUCUUCUGGCUUUUGAUUUAACUGCUGAUUUAUCAGCUAGUUCCGCCAGUCACUGGAACCUCAUAAGAAAUGGUAGUGUGAGAUUGGAAGUUCGUUUUGAAUCCUCGCUUUCGGAAACUAUAAAUUGUAUUGUAUAUGCUGAGUUUGAUAAUGUCAUUGAAAUUGAUAAAAAUCGUAAUGUAAUCGUAGACUAUAGCAGUUAA